UCGGAGUAGAGUAGAGCCAUUGAAGUGAGUCAUCUAACGACCGACGGGACCUGUAGAAGUAGCACUGAAGUUCACCUAGUCGCCAAAAUCAGUUCAACAAAGUCCAGAGCGGUACACUCAUCCCUGCGUUGAGUCACUGCUGUGGGGACAGGACUAAACCUGCAAGAGUUUACUGAAGAAAAGUAGGUGCUUCACAGAUUUUUCAUUUUCCAUCUGGUUCUAGCAGAACAUCUCAGUAGCGAUGAUUAUUACACAUUAGUUUUACACGGGAACAUCAAUUUAUUGGACUAUUAAAGAGACUACAGAAUUUGAGAUCGCUGACUUCUAAUCGGCUAAUAGAAUAUUAUGCCUGGAUUUAUCAUACCGAGCAUUAAAGUAGCCUAUCUUGGAUAUCAUUUUUAGAUCAGGUGUAAAGGAAUCGCUUCGCUUGGAAGUGCUUUUUGUGCCACUGAAGACACUGACCGUGUGGGAAUUGAUUACCAAGCUUCUGAAAUUUCCUCCAGUUUCCCUGGAUCAUGUACCAGGAUUACACCGGGACAUACGACACGUCCUCCCGCGGCAGCAGCAGCUCACCGGCGCACCCGGACACCAGCCCCAUCCCCGCCUCCAGCUACCAGAAGUACAGAGUAGACAUGCCUGGUUCUAGCAGUGCCUUUAUCCCAACGAUUAAUGCCAUAACCACCAGUCAGGACCUGCAGUGGAUGGUUCAGCCCACAGUGAUCACAUCCAUGUCUAACCCGUACUCUCGGCCUCACCCGUACGGCCUGUCUGUGUCCAGCGGCCCGAAUCUCCUCGGACACACGGCUCUCACGCGGCCCGGGGUCAUCCGCUCCAUCGGUGACGCUCGAGGUCGACGCAAGCGAGAUGAGCAGUUCUAUCUGCAGCUCACCCCCGAGGAAGAAGAAAAACGGAGAGUCAGGCGAGAAAGAAACAAACUAGCUGCGGCAAAAUGUCGGAACCGCAGAAGAGAACUGACCGAUAUGCUGCAAGGGGAAACCGAGAAGUUGGAGGAGGAGAAGGCUGACCUGCAGAAAGAAAUCGAGACCCUGCAGAAGGAAAAGGACAAGUUGGAAUUUAUGUUGGUGGCGCACAACCCUGUGUGCAAACUUCCCCUCGAAGAACGCCAUCAAAACCUGCACUCCCAGCAGUGUGCGCCCCUUCCUCUGACCAUGCGCUCCAACCUGGGGCCCCGGGGCCCGAUGCACGCUCUCAACCCAGUGGUGGUCAAACAGGAGCCUUUGGAAGAUGACGACGACGAUGAGGAUGAAGCAAAAACCCAGCACUCAGUCAUCAAGCCCAUCUGUCUAGGUGGAGGCAUGUAUUGCUCUGACGGAGACAGUCUGAACACUCCUGUAGUGGCCGCUUCUACCCCGGUGUCCACCCCGAACCACCCCAGCCUCAUCUUCACGUACCCCAGCAUGCUGGAGCCCGAGAGCCCAUCGCCCUCGUCCGAGUCCUGCUCCAAAGCCCACCGGCGGAGCAGCAGCAGCGGCGACCAGUCCUCAGAUUCCCUCAACUCUCCCACCCUGCUGGCGCUGUGAAGGAGAACUGGACUUUCCUCGUUCCCGUGGAUCUCCAGAGCGCGCUCAGCUGG